CUGCUGACAUGGCCUGGCAUUACAUUUCAAAUAAUUUCGGUUGAGUAGGAAGAGACAUUCAGGGGAAGCAGCAAAAUUACAAAAAAGAAAUAGUCAAAAUUCCAAAUUACCCAAGGAUGAGGCACAUUAAGCGGGGAGAUGGCGGAAAAGUUGUGGUGCGGGAUUCACCAGACAAUUGGGAUGCUGUGAGGUCAGCGAGGUUUUUCGGGAAUUUGCAGGAAAAUGAGGUGCGAACAAUGCACUAUUUGGGCCUGGCUUACGUGGUUUUGGCCCGUCGCCCACGUUUGCAAUUGAAGGUUCCAUUGGCCACCCAAAACUACGAGGACGGAGCGAAUUGGGGAGCGGGCGAGCAGGGAGGCUUUGCCCUCCAGUUGGUGUUCACCUGCCCCUCGAACUAUCCUUUGGAGGUGCCGCAGGUGGAGAUCGUCGAGAAGCGCAACAUCAGCGAGUCGCUGGAGCAGGCCCUCCACUUGGAGAUCAGCCAGACCUUGGAGCAGCACCUGGGCCUCCAGAUGAUAGUGCCCGUGGUCAGCCGGCUGCAAAUGAUGCUGAACAAGGAGAUGAGGAGGCAGCCGACUCGGGAAUGAGGUCACCAUUGUGGCUAUUAUUGCCAGAUCCUGUGCGUGUUUGUCCUUAAGCUCUUUCUCACCUCGUUUCGUGCAAAACCAAAUUUAUUAAUUUAUUAUUUAUAAUUCCAUCAU